AUGUCUACCACGUGCAUAUACAUAGGAUCCCACACAAUCGGAUUUGCCAGGUGCGCGAAUUUCAGGGACAGAAUCUACGGCGACUUCGAGCUGACAUCCAAGUACAACCCGUCGUCCGAGGCGUACCUCAGCAAGCUCAAGGAGGUGUGCCCGCGGGACGACGGCGACGACAACAUCAGCGCCAUGGACAACCACACCUCCGCCGUCUUCGACAACGCCUACUUCGAGACCCUCAUCAAGGGCGAGGGCCUCCUCAACUCCGACCAGGAGAUGUGGUCCAGCAUCGCCGGCUACUCGACCUCCGACACCGUCAACAAGUACUGGGCCGACCCGGAGGCCUUCUUCAAGCAGUUCUCCGACUCCAUGGUGAAGAUGGGCAACAUCACAAACCCUGGCGGCGGCGUGGUCAGGAAGACCUGCAGAUUUGUCAACACAUAG